AUGGUGCUUGACAACAACUUGUUUUCUGGACAACUGAGCCCUGCCAUUGCUCACCUUCAGCAGCUUACUGUGCUAUCCAUGUCCAUGAAUUCCUUCUCUGGAGGCCUCCCUCCAGAGCUAGGCAGUCUGCAGAGCUUGGAGCACCUCUACCUUCACACAAAUGAAUUCAGUGGAUCAAUACCAGCAUCUUUCGGGAACCUAUCUCGGCUCUUGUACCUUGAUGUACGAAAUAACAAUCUCACUGGGUCAAUAUUGCCAGGAAUAAGAGCACUGAUCAACCUUGUGAAGCUCGAUUUAUCGUCAAAUAGUUUGACGGGGCCUAUCCCCAAGGAGCUUUACCAACUGAAAAAUCUGCAGAGUUUAAUUCUCUCGGACAAUGAGUUAACUGGAAGCAUCUCAGAAGAGAUUGGUAACCUGAAGCAGCUUGAAGUACUUAACCUCCUGAAAUGCAAGCUCAGUGGCACCAUCCCUUUGUCGAUUGGCAAUCUUGAAAACUUGAAGGAGCUAUAUAUAUCGUUCAACAACUUCAUUGGUGAGCUUCCAGCAUCUGUCGGUGAGCUACACAGUCUGACGCAGCUGAUGACAAAGAGUGCAGGGCUCACUGGGAGCAUACCGAAGGAGCUUGAACUUGCAGAUUUAGCUGCCAUUAUCUUGUUUGAUGUGGAAGGAAACAAACUCUCAGGCCACAUUCCAGAUUGGAUUCAGAACUGGAGUAAUGUUUCAUCUAUGUCACUUGCGCAGAACAUGUUCUAUGGACCUCUACCACAUAUGCCAUUGCAUCUGGUUAGUUUGUCUGCAGAAUCCAACCAGCUGUCAGGCUCUAUCCCUGCCAAGAUAUGUCAAGGAACCUCUCUGCAAGUACUUAGAUUGAAUGACAACAAUCUGACGGGGAGUAUCGGUGAGACAUUUAAGGGAUGUAAGAAUCUUACUGAGCUAAGCUUGCUAGGUAACCAUCUCCAGGGAGAGAUACCAGAAUACUUAGCUUUGCUACCACUAGUGUCACUUGAUUUGUCCCAUAACAAUUUCACAGGGAUGAUUCCUGACAAGUUGUGUGAAUCAUCAACCAUGUUGGACAUCUCUCUCAGUGAUAACCAGCUUACUGGCAUGAUUCCUGAUAGCAUUGGUAAGUUAUUGAGCUUGCGGUUGUUGAGCAUAGACAGAAACUACUUGCAAGGACCUCUCCCUCGGUCGAUUGGCGCUCUAAGGAAUCUGACAGCACUGUCUCUCAGUGGCAACAUGCUAUCUGGGGACAUUCCACUAGAACUCUUCAACUGCAGAAACCUUGUCAUGUUGGACUUGAGCUCGAACAAUCUGACAGGGCACAUCCCCAAGGCCAUAUCUCACCUGACAAAGCUCAACACCUUGGUUCUGUCUCAGAACCGGCUAUCAGGCGCUAUCCCUUCUGAGCUAUGUGUGGCUUUCUCGCGCGAAUUGACCGGCCAUAUCCCGAGAGGGAUCAACAACUGUUCUAUACUGGUAGAGCUACACCUGCAAGGCAACAUGUUAAGUGGCACUAUACCUGUGGAACUGGGUGAGCUGAGAAACAUUACAACCAUCAAUCUCUCUUCCAAUGCAUUGGUUGGACCUGUCCUUCCCUGGACUGCACCAUUUGCAAGCCUCCAAGGCCUUUUUAUGUCUGGCAACAGACUCAAUGGCUCCAUUCCUGCUGGCAUAGGUAGCAUUCUUCCCCAGAUCACAAUGCUGGACUUGUCAGGUAACGCCCUUACUGGCAAUCUGCCAUUGGAUCUACUCUGCAAGAAGAGCCUAAACCACCUGGAUGUCAGCCACAACAACAUCACUGGACAAAUCCCAUUUUCCUGUCACGAUGGCAAAGAGUCCCCAAUCCCACUGGUCUUCUUGAAUGCAAGCAGUAACUGUUUAUCUGGGAGCCUGGAUGAGUCUAUCUCCAACUUCACAAAGCUGACCUAUCUUGAUCUCCACAACAACAGCCUCACUGGAAGAUUGCCUUCAGCACUAGCAGGGAUCAGUUCUUUGUACUAUCUUGAUUUCUCAAGCAAUGAUUUCAGUGGUGACAUCCCUUGUGGCAUCUGCAAUAUGUUUGGACUCUCCUUCGCAAACUUCUCCGGUAAUCGCAACGAUGAUUUCAGAUUGGCAGAUUGUGAUGCUGAAGGCGGUGUUUGCGCAGCUAACCGCAAGCAUGAGCCACUGAGCAUCAACCUCGCGACGUUCGAGCACGCGCCGAUGAGGGUCGCCGUGGAUGAGAUCAUGAGAGCCACCAGGGAUUUCAACGGCUUGCACGUCGUCGGCGACGGCGGCUUCGGCACCGUGUACAGGGCUGAACUCCCCGGAGGCCGUAGGGUCGCCGUCAAGAGGCUUCACGGUGGCCGCCGGUUCCAGGGCGGCGAACGCGAGUUCCGCGCCGAGAUGGAGACCAUCGGCAAGGUGAAGCACCCCAACCUCGUCUCCCUCCUCGGCUACUGCGCCUCCGGCGACGAGCGGUUCCUCGUCUACGAGUACAUGGAGCACGGCAGCCUGGAGGGCCGGCUGCGCGGCUCGGCCGCCGACGCGCUCGGGUGGCCGGAGCGCCUCCGGAUCUGCGGCGGCGCCGCCCGCGGGCUCGCGUUCCUCCACCACGGCUUCGUGCCGCACGUCAUCCACCGCGACGUCAAGUCGAGCAACAUCCUGCUCGGCGAGGGCCUCGAGCCGCGGGUCUCCGACUUCGGGCUCGCGCGGAUCAUCAGCGCGUGCGAGACCCACGUCAGCACCGACCUCGCCGGCACUCUCGGGUACAUCCCGCCGGAGUACGCGCUGUCGAUGCGGUGCACCGCGAGGGGCGACGUGUACAGCUUCGGCGUCGUCAUGCUCGAGCUGCUCACGGGGCGGCCGCCGACGUCGCCGUCGUCGGAAGAGCCCGGCGGCGACGGGAGCCUCGUCGGGUGGGUGCGGUGGAUGGCCGCGCGGGGCCGUGACGGCGAGGUGUUCGACCGGUGCCUGCCGGUGUCCGGCGCGCAGCGGGAGCAGAUGGCGCGGGUGCUCGACGUCGCGCGCGACUGCACCGCCGACGAGCCGUGGAGGAGGCCGACCAUGGCGGACGUGGCCAGGAGGGUCGAGGCGAUCCAGGCGAUGGAGUGCGGGCCUCUGGUGGUGGCAGUGUCCGUUGGUCCAGCUCCGUGCGAAUUGUGAUGCCACUGAUGCGGCGGUCGCCGGCGAUGCCAUGAUCUUGCUUCAACUGUGUGCGAAUUUUUUUCGAAAGACUUUCUAUAAAAGAAAUUUCUUAGAAUACAUUUUUAACCUUGCUAAUGUUUAAAUAAGUGAGAAUUUAGAGUAUUUACCAUUAAAUUUGUUUGCCUUAACUUUUUUCGCAUGUCCACUGU